AUCAACAGAGAAUUCCUCAUUCUAGGAUUAUCGGACAUUCCCAUUCUUAAGAAUUUUCUAUUUUUUAUCCUCCUUCUUAUAUAUGUGUUGACUUUAACAGGUAAUAUUGCUAUCAUCUUGAUAUCAAAAUUGGAUACAAGUCUUCACACACCUAUGUAUUUCUUUUUGAGCAACUUGUCUUUCCUUGACCUUUGCUACACCACAACCACUAUGCCCAAAAUGUUACAAAAUCUUCUAAUGGAAAGAAAAUCCAUCUUGUUCAAUAGUUGUGUAACGCAGAUGUAUUUCUUUGUGGCUUUUGUGGGUACAGAGUGUGUUCUACUUAGUGUGAUGUCCUAUGAUCGCUUUCAAGCCAUUUGCAACCCUCUCAGAUAUUCUGUCAUUAUGAGCAAAAAGGUUUGUGUCAGUCUUGCAGGCUUUUCAUGGCUGAGUGGGUUUGUGAAUUCUGUAAUCCACACCAUCUUUAUAUUGCAUCUAAAUUUUUGUGGUUCCAACCAAAUCAAUUAUUUUUAUUGUGACUUACCCCCACUCAUCACUUUGUCCUGUGAUGAUACAUAUGUUAAUGAAGUUUUAUUAUUGUCCAUCGGGGUUUUUAUAGGGUGGACACCCUUCUUACUCAUUAUUGUUUCAUAUAUAUGCAUUAUAACUGCUAUAUUAAACAUCAAGUCCACUAAUAAAAGACAGAAGGUUUUUUAUACAUGCUCUUCACACCUCACUGUAGUUAUUUUAUACUACGGCAGUGCAAUUUUUAGCUAUGUGAGGCCAGUUUCUACCUACUCUAUGAGUAAGGAUAAAUUAAUUUCUGUUCUAUAUAGUGUGGUGACACCAAUGCUAAAUCCUCUCAUUUAUACUUUGAAAAACAAUGAUGUAAGCAAGGCUAUGUAUAGGCAGUUUAUUUCUAGGCAACAAUUAUAA